AUGAUCAUUGUAUCAGACGUGACGACCCUUGCUAACCGCGGUAAAUAUCAAGGCAUUCUUGGUGCAGUGCUCGCACUUGCAAACGGCACGGGGCCUUUUGUUGGUGGUGUCUUGGUUGAGAAGGCAUCUUGGAGAUGGGUUUUCUGGAUUAUUCCUAUGCUAGCCAUGCCCGCCGCUCUGGCUAUCCUGUUCUUCCUGCCACUCGCCUAUGAGAAGGGCAAUUAUCUGAACAAGGCUAAGAAGAUAGACUUCGGCGGCAUAGCGAUCAAUCUAGCUGGUGUCCUUUUAAUUCUGAUCCCCUUGAGCGGUGGAGGCGUCACUUAUGCAUGGAACUCUGUGCAGUUCAUAGUAAUGCUCUCUCUGCCGCUGGGAGCUAUCAUUGUCAUCCUCAUGAUCGAGGGAGCGGGCAUUGGAUUGACACUGCAGCCUACACUCGUUGGACUGUAUGCAAAUUCUAGGACGGAAGACCGCGCCGUCGUAACAGGCCUAAGAAAUUUCAUGCGGACGAUGGGCGGUGCGUUUGGACUUGUUGCCGCCGGCGCGAUCCUGUCUAAUACUCUGAGCAAGGAGCUGUCCAGCUAUCCGUUCGCUCAGGGCAAAACGCUCUCAGAGUUGGACGUUGAUGACGUCCCUGACGAGGACAAGCCGGCGGUUCGCAAGGCUUAUAUGACGGCUCUGCAUUGGAUAUUCAUCUUCUAUGCCUGCAGCGCGGCCGUCAACGUCCUCCUAACUGUGGGAAUAGGAAACAAGAGCUUGAAGCCGGGUGCGAAAGCGCCCAAACACGAGCCGAAGUCUGAGGAACAAGAUGCUAUCCCGGAGACUGGUGUCGUGCAGGGGGACCAUGUCUCGACGGAGAGCGAGGCCAACGGGCCGGAAAAGAAACGUGAGGAGGUAUAG